AUGAUUAUAAGUUAAAUCAGCAACAUCGAGGAUUGUCCUGAUCCCCUUGAAACCAACCUAAACAAGAGCUCCAAGGUGCUAUUGUGGGGUAGAAGGACUCAACAUCCCAGUUUUGGAAUAGAGAAUCCAAUUUGGAAAUACAAAGCAUUCAAAAUAAUACUGAUAGUCUCCAGAUUCAUCAAUCUAAUCACUAGACAGAUCACAAGGAGAGAUCUGACUCAUUUUACAAAGCAAGAAUUCAAUUUAAUCAAUGACAAUGCAUCUCACUAUAAUUAUUACAAAUAUCAAGGACUCCUACCUAAAGAUAGACCCUCUCGCUUCCUGCUCAAAUUAAACAAUUGGUUUUCCUGUAUACUGUGUAAAUAUAUAUGAUAAUGGCAGAAAACAACAACCAUUUCUAGACAAGCAAUUCCAGAAAGUGGCUCUUAAAACCAGAUGAUGCAAUCAUAAUCAUUUGGAAUAUCUAUCUAAUUGUGAUUGUUACGAUAAAUGUGUUUUAUGUUUCCUUGCGUAUUUCCUUUCCAGAAAUUGAGGAAUUUCCCUUGAACAGUAAGGAAUUCAUUUUCGAACAACUGCCGGUUUACUCAUUUCUCUUGGAUAUCGCAUUGAAAUUCAAUACUUGCAUCUACAACAAAGGGAUACUAAUCACAAGCAGAGCAAAGAUAGUCAAAUUCUAUUGCAUUGAAGGUUAAUGGGUAUUAAUAUUGGAUAGGUUUUUUUAUUGAUUUGUUUUUGGUUGUUCCCUUCUUCAUAGGUCAACAAUUUAAUUUUAGAUACUUUGAUUUUGUGAUAGUUUUGAAAGUAUUCUAGUUGUCUAGUUUAUUCUCGUCUCUGUUUAAUCGUUUGGAAUUGACUAAUAGACAAACUGCAAUUUUCGAUUUAUUUAAGAUGAUGUAUGGUUAUACAUAUGCAUUAGAUCUUUUAUGAUUUUAGUAGCCCACUUUUCAGCCUGCAUUUGGCAUAUAAUUGGACAGUGGGGAGAAUGGGGUCAUCAUGAAGGCAAGACUUGGUUGAAGGUGGCUUAAUUGUAAAAUGAAUCUUGGUUGGAUAGAUAUGUAGUCUCAUUUUAUUGGAGUAUUGUUACGAUGACAACUAUUGGAUAUGGAGAUAUAAUCCCCGUGAAUUUGACUGAACGUAUCUUUGUCAUCUUUAUGACUAUGAUCUCAUCUGCAACAUUCGCAUACACUGUUAAUAAUAUUGGAGGCAUAUUCCAAGACUUCUCUAAGCAAUCAGUGCAAUUAAAGAAUAACAUGAAUCAAUUAAAUAGAUAUUUAAAAAGUUAGAAUGUGUCUGAUGAUCUUUAAAUCAAGUUUAGGAGAUAUUUUGAGUAUUUGUGGAGCAAACCCUCAUAGAAAGUAAUUUAAUUUGCAGAUUUGAUCCCUAAGAGUUUGAAAGAUCAGAUGAUUGUGGAUGUCAAUGCUAAAAUAAUAAAUCAAAUAUCUUUCUUUAAGAAUUUCAGUUAACCUUUGUUGAACAAACUGUGUAUGUACCUAGAAGAGAGACAAAUUCAAUCUGACGAUUACCUAUUCAGAAGAAAUAAUAAAUCAUCUCAAUUAUUCAUUCUCGUAACAGGGGAGAUAAAACUAAUCGUAGCUCUCAAUGAUUAAUCGAGAUUAUUAUAAAAGUUAAACAACCCAUCUUUUGUUGGGUAAUUGGAUUUCUUCUCAAAAAGACCCUACUCCUACGAUGCCAUAGCUUCAUAAACAACUAAAGUUCUUCAGAUCUCAAGAGAGUAAUUGCACUUCGUCUUUAAGGAUCACCCAUUGGAUUAUGUAUAUAUUUAAAGUGUAUCAUUUUAAGGAGAUUUUCUAGUAGAUCACCGAUGACAUAGUUCAAAAUUAAAAUUUAAAAGCAAUUCAAAUAAAAUGCAAUAGUUGCCAGAGUGAUUGUCAUUUUACAAACACUUGUCCCUUUUUAUUUGGAAUACCUAAUAGAAUCAAGACGUUGUACAAUUACAGGAGGUUCACUCCGGUUGACAGAACACCUUAAUAUGUUAGACAUAAUCAUACGAGGAAAAUGUAUGCAUUGAAACAUCAUUUCAUCGUUUUGGAGAGUGUUCUCAAUUACAUGAUGAAGAAUGAAGAUCUUGUUUAGAUAGAAGAGAUGAAGGAGUUGUAGUAACAACAUGGCAUCCAUUUUGGAAAUCAACCCACUUAUAAUCAGGUGUAAAAUAAUGUCUAGACUAUGGGGAAGUCUUCUUUGUCAUAGAGGGUUUUGGUUUCUUUGGAUGACUCUUCUCCUCGUACUUUUAGGUUUUGUUAGAACAAUCAAUUUCUAAAUACAACUGGGGGGAAGAAUCACAGAAAGAUUUCAGUAAAUUAUGGAUCUUAGACAGAGUCUCCAGAUGAGGAAGUGCCAGGAAUUGAGAAGGUUAUGAAGAAGGGGGGGAAUGAGUCGUUAUGUGUGAUGAAUGAGCAAGGAUGUUAAUAGGUUUUGUAAGUACCCUCAUUACAAAUAAACUAAGUAAUGAGAAGAAAAUCAGUAAAAUUAAAGUUAGAUGAUAGUUCUGAGUGUGAGGAUGAUGAUGAAGAUAAGAUUUUGGGAUAAUACAUAGAUAUCUUCUAGCAAUUCGAGAGGGUCUGCGAAUUCAGCAAUUACAAUUCUCACAACAACAUCUCAUUGGUGUUGGCAAAAGUAAGAUUUCGAUUCUCAUCGUAGUAUCAAGAAAAGUUGAUGGUGUUCUAGAGGUAGACGAAGAAACGAAAGAGUCGUAGACAAGAAACCUUAUUGCAUUUGUUGAAGUAGGCCUAAGGGAAGUAACGAUUAUGAAG